AUGAGUUCGUUGAUGCAUGCAAACCCAGAAAUCCCAUCGCCUGAUAAUCUGAUCGCCUUCGUGCCUUACGCCUGCGGCCAGCUGUUUGCGCCUUUCAGAGUCCGUUUCAUAUCUGUCUUGCAAGUGUCUUUAACCCUAGUCACCGAAGCACUAUGGCGGAGGUUGCAACUGGGAACACGCAGAGAUGAUAGAAAGAGAGAGGGAAAUCAUGUUAAGCAGUCUUCGUAUUCAGAAAAUUACGCCAGCAAAGGUGAUGCAAAAUCAAAGAAAUCAAAAGCUGUACUCUCACAACUUACACUCGAAGCAUCGCCCACCCAAAAAGAGACUGUAGCUGUCAGGGUGUCGUCAAGUGAUGACGAUGACACGAGUGACACAUACGUCAUCAAGGCCGUCGUAGAUUCAGCGAACAAUGCCCUUGAGAUCUCAAUCAAUGGCUACCAACAAGUGCCACGCCUUCUUAUCAAAAUCCUCGCCCUUUGCGUACCCUACAACCCGUAUUUGUCCAAAAUCUCCCUGCGCAGCGGUCUAUCUGGCACUUCGUUGUAUGAGACUGUGCAGAUGCUAACCACUUCGCAAAUUACUUACAUUUGCCUGGACGACUCAAAUAUACCCGAACGCAACUACCAUGAUCUGCUUGAGUAUCAAACGCAUUUGCAGGUUUUGUCUUUAGCGCGAUGCAGUAUCACAGACGCUGAAUGUGCUUUGCUCAUCCCUAAGCUUGCGUACCCGCAUCCAGCUUCAAAGACCUUAGUCGCAUUGUGCCUGACUGGUAACUACAUAUCAGACGAAGGUGCCCGCCUUUUAGGGCAGGCUCUGAGGAGCAACCGAGCCUUGACGUAUCUCAAUCUGUGCGGCAACAGAAUAAAUAACAACGGCGCCGUUGACAUGCUCCGAAGCCUGAUGGAGUUCCCCGUGACUAGCGAGGAAAUGGUGAUGAAACGUAAAAGGACGCUGUAUUUCUUGAAGUUAUAUAAAGAUGUCUACUCUCAGUGUUUGAACGAACUGAAGAAUAAAGAGAAGGAGAAUUCUGAUGAGUACAGCCGAUCUAGUAAAAAGAAGAUAAAUGCCAGCUCAUUGAAGCAGAGAAGACAGAGUGUUACUCUGUCAGGAGACAAUGUUCAAAGCACCGAAUUGGUGACCGCCAAGGCGGAGAAAAUGGCUUCGGAUCUUGUGAGCAGUUAUCCAGACCCUUUCAGGGCGGAGGCUAUAGUGACCAGGGACCAAAACGUGUACUCGACGGGCAAUUUGACUCUGACAUACCUCAACUUGGCGUAUAACUACUUGGGUUAUCAGAGCCUGGCGAAAUUGUUAGAGGUGGUGAAAUACCAAGCACUUGUGGGCAAAUAUCCGGACCUGGGUCUGAUGGAGGUGCAGCUGGAAGGCAACCCGAUGCCCGUGUGCCUCGAGAUGGAUCACCUCACGCAGAUGUUGUCGAGAGCGGUCCAGGUCAGGAUGCUGUACGUGGCGCCCCAGAUGCGACGUGGUGACCGCCCAAAGAAAACUAAAUAG